UCCUUUUUGGUAUUGAAUUUUGUUUAUAAUGUGGUCUUUAUAUUUUUAAGGCAGUGAAAAAAUAAAACUCGAAACUUUUAAACCUUAUCAGUGUACAUGUUACAAUAAUAAUGGAGGUAGAAGGAUAUCCAGGAUUGAUAAAAACAAUCACUGAUGACCAAGAAGUUGAGGAUUUCUCGGAAGAAUCCGACGUCGAAGAGGAUUAUCAACCAACAAAACAAAAAGUGAAAAGGAAAGCCGAUUUUGAUCCAAAUUUUAAAUUUGUUGGUUCAGUUGAAGAAUACAAUAAGAAUCCUUGGGAUGACUUACAAAAAUAUGUAAGAAGAAACGUGAAGAGAACUCUAGACCAAAAGAUUGAGCAAAAACGAGCGGAAGCCAAAGUUAAGGGGAAUGUUGACGUGGACACCGAUUCAGAGGCUGAAACUAAAGAUAAUGAAGUGGAUGAAUUGGAAAUAUCUGAUGAUGAGCUGAAGAAAGAUGAAAUCAAAACUAAAGCGAAGAAAUUGACCAAAAAGCAAAAACUUAAAGAGGAUUUAGAAGAUGAAAAUGAAGGCACCAAAAUAGAAUAUGACGAGAAUUUCUUUGAGGAACCACCUCCAUAUGAUGAGCAGGCAUCGUUCUAUAUGAUGAACCUAUCUAGACCUAUGCUUAAGGCGAUUGGCAGCCUUAACUACGUGCAUCCCACGCCAGUGCAGGCUGCCACCAUACCUAUAGCUUUGUUAGGCAAGGACAUAUGCGCAUGCGCAGCGACAGGCACGGGUAAGACAGCCGCCUACAUGCUGCCGAUACUCGAGCGACUGCUGUACAAGGCGGGUGGAGAACGCAUCACUCGUGUACUAGUGUUAGUGCCCACCCGUGAGUUAGGAGCUCAGGUUCAUUCAGUGACAAGACAACUAUCACAGUUUACAUCUGUUACCAUCGGUUUGUCUGUAGGAGGUCUAGAUGUGAAAUACCAGGAAAGCGUGUUACGUCACAACCCGGACAUCGUGAUAGCAACCCCGGGUCGUCUGAUAGACCACAUCAGGAACACACCGUCUUUUGGCUUGCAUUCCAUUGAAGUGCUGGUUUUGGAUGAAGCUGAUAGAAUGCUCGAUGAAUACUUCGCGGAACAAAUGAAAGAGAUAAUCCGUCAGUGUUCUCCCAAACGACAAACUAUGCUCUUCUCUGCUACCAUGAGCGACGAAGUCAAGGACUUGGCGGCCGUGUCGCUCAACAAGCCAGUCAAACUGUUCCUGGACUCCAACAAGGAUGUUGCCUUCAACUUGCGGCAGGAGUUCGUCAGGAUCCGCAAGGAGCGCGAGUCCGACCGCGAGGCUAUCUUGGCGGCGCUCGUGUGUCGCACGUUCAGAGACAGAGCUGUGAUAUUCGUGCAGACCAAGAAACAGGCGCAUCGGCUCCACGUGGCCUUGGGCUUGUUGGGCGUUAAGGUAGCAGAAUUGCACGGCGCUUUAAACCAGCCACAACGUCUAGACUCCCUCAAGCGGUUCAAAGACGAACUAGUCGAUGUGCUAGUGGCGACCGACGUCGCCGCUCGUGGGUUGGACAUACCCGGCGUGAAGACUGUGCUUAACUUCACACUACCUGCUACUUUGGAACACUAUAUUCAUAGGGUGGGCAGAACCGCUCGUGCAGGCCGCGCCGGGGUGUCCGUGUCUCUGGCGGGCGAAGCUGAACGUGCACUGGUCAAAGCCAUCGUGCGGCGCGCCAAGCGGCCCGUCAAGUCGCGCCAAGUGCCGCCCGACAUCGUCGCCAAGUACAGGGAGAAACUUAACAGGCUGGAGUCCGAGAUUGCGACAAUCCUAGACGAAGAAUACGCGGAAAAGCAACUGAAGAAAAUGGAGAAACAGACUACCAAGUUAGAAAGCGCCAUUAAGAAGGAGGACGGGCCCAAGCUGGAGGUGCAGCGGCCGCACGAUUGGUUCCAGACUCCUAAGCAGAAGAGGGAAGAAAAAGAACGGUUGGCGUUGACACUGCAUCCUGGGAAAGUGGAAAAAUCCCAAAAGGGCAAAGGCAAGAAACGCAAGCACGGUGACGACUCGGACGACGAUGACGAUAGUAAGAAGAACAAGAAGAAGAAGCAAACCAAACACACGCCCAAAGACUCCCCAGAAGAACGAGUCAGGCGGGAAAUGGAAAAGGUGGCACUUCUUCAAUCAAGAAUGGCUAAACGUAAUAAGAAGCAACGCAGGAUACGCGCCGUCGAAGACGACGACGACCGCCCGGCGAGAAGCGGCAACAAGAACUCCAACAAGGCCAGGAAAAAACAAACCAACUUCGCUAGCGACCUCACCGAUACCUCCCGGACCUCCACCAAGCGUUUGAGAUAUGAGGCCAACAGGGUACAGAAAGGCAAGCCAUUACAAAGAGGCAAACCUCUGCAAAAGGGCAGAGGUAAGGCUACGAAAGGAAAGCCGAAAGGCAAGACGUUUGGUAAACCGCAAGUGUCUAAACGGGGACCUCGUAAAAAAAACUAAAAUAAAAUUACAUUAAGUACGAGA